AUUGGUGAAGGAUCUAGAGAGCUGGUCUUUUGAGGAGUGCCUGAAGAGACUGGAAUUGCUGAGCUUGGAGAAAAGGAAGCUGAGGAGCCUUCUUGUUACAUACAAGUACCUGAAUGACAUUGAAGUGAGCUGGAGAAGCGACGAGUGUACGAAGAGUGAAAAAAGCAAGCUGCAAGCUAUGAAAAGUCGCUGGGCGUGCAAUGGCUCUGCCUGCUCCCACUACAGUUCCCAGCAAGCCCCGCGCCGGCCGGGAGCAGGCGCCCUCGCAGGGCCGUGAGGCGGACUGCCGCUCCUGUCGGCCCCUGCGGGCGGCCAGCGAGCCGUCCCGCGUUCGCCUCGGUCCCCGCCCCCCACCCCGAGCCAUGGACAUGGAAGUGGACGCUGGCUCUGUGGUCUCGGGGCUGCCGGGCGGGGAUGGAGCAGGCGCGGGCCCGGCCGAUGAGGAGCGGGAGAUGGAGGGGGCUCCCAGCUGUUCAGGGUCGCGCUCUCUCCCCUUCCAGUUCGAGCGGAGCCGCUUGGAGUCCAGCGGCGAUGAAGACGACGACGAAGACGACGAAGAAGAAGAGAUGGAGGAAGAGGAGCUGGAGGGAGAUCCUGGGGCACGGUUCGGGACGGACGACGGGGAAGUUGAGUCGGAAGACGACCGCGAGCGUAUGAUAAACCUCGCAGACUUGACACCUUAUAUCCUGUGUUCCAUCUGCAAAGGUUACUUUAUUGAUGCUACAACUAUUACAGAGUGCCUGCACACCUUUUGUAAAAGCUGCAUAGUGAGACACUUCUACUAUAGCAACAGAUGUCCAAAAUGCAAUAUCGUUGUACAUCAGACACAGCCCCUUUAUAAUAUCAGACUGGACCGGCAGCUGCAAGAUAUAGUCUAUAAAUUAGUUGUCAAUUUGGAGGAAAGAGAGAAGAAACAAAUGCAUGACUUCUAUAAAGAAAGAGGAUUAGAAGUCCCUAAACCAGCUGUCCCACAGCCAGUUCCAGUGAGCAGAGGAAGACCUCGAAAAGUUCUGGGCUCUGUGUUCCGCAUCCCACCAGAACUUGACGUCUCCGUACUUCUGGAGUUCAUUGGAGCUGAUGAAGGCGCUGGGAAUUUUAAGCCUUUGGAAAAGAAGUUUGUCCGUGUUUCAGGGGAGGCAACAAUUGGACAUGUGGAGAAAUUCCUCAGAAGAAAAAUGGUUCUGGAUCCUACUUGUCAGGUGAACAUAAUAUGUGGUGAUCAUCUGCUAGAACACUACCAGACACUGAGGGAAAUUCGUCAAGCCAUAGGAGAGAGUGCAGUACAGGAUGGUUUACUUGUACUGCACUAUAACCUGGUAGUAUCUCCACUACCUAUAACUUAAAGACUGCUAGAACAUCAGAAGGCAAAAGAAUCUGAAGUCAUCGAGCGUCUUCACUGCUGUUUUUCACCAAAGACGGCCGUUACAUUUCCUGUGACAGGAAGCAAGUGAGAAGAACCACCAGUAACUGCUACAUGCUUGUAAUUUAACAUCCAGUUUUACCACUGUAAAAUAUUACAGCUUCUGUAAGUACGGCUAUAGAUGUUACUACGUUUCCCAUUACGAAUUACUGUCUUCAGAUUUCACUCAGCUCAGGGAAUUUCAAUGCUUGGAGUAGCUGCAUUUUUUUUUACCUUUUUAAAACCACAAGAUCUCAUGAAAUGAAUAGCCUUUUCUUCCUCACAAGUUGUGAGAUACUGCUUGCAUUCUAAGCUAGAACAGUGCUCUCAGGGAUGAUCUUCAGGGGGCAGUAUAAUUUAUUAUGGAGAGGAGACAGUCAUCUGCCAAAAAAAAAAGUAGACUGUGAUCACCUGUCUUUGGGGAAGGGAACUUUAGAAAUUAAGACCAAAAUAAGAAAAUGAUGCAUCAUGUGCAUUGGGUUUUUGGGGUUUUUUUUGAGGAGUAGCAUUAAAUUUAGUUGUUUUUCUUGAAGAAAGACAAUUUUAUGGGGUUUUUUUUGUGCACUGGAAAUUUAUUUGGUGGUAGUUUGGCUUAUACCAAAUGGUGGAUUGUGCAUCUCUAGUCUUAAUGGAGAUGAGCUGGCUGUAAGCUGGUUAAACUAUGCAUGGAAAAAAAAAAGUAGCACCUGUUUCUACCUGCUCGCUUUAUGUGAAAUAACUGUCAGCCCAAUUCUGCUCACAUGUAAAAUCUGUCAACUGACUUGACUGGCAAGAGCAUAAAUCCUUUCACUUUAGCACAUCUCUUUCUAGCAGCCAUGAAAAUGGUAGCUUUUUCCACUCUUUCUAACAUGUAUUAGCGCAUUGUAGUGGAAACCAGGGUUAAGUCAUAGAGUACUUGCCUGUUUACUACUAAAUCCAGAGAGGGCAUUAGGUAACUUUAACAUACUAAAAUAGUAGGUUUCUUGACACCUUCAAGUACUUCAAAUUUGGUUCUGUAUGUGAGGUUUCCAUGGUUUCUUGUGCAGCAUUAAUGACCAGAACCUUGUGUGUUAUGAUCUUGCUGCGUACUGAGUCAUCGGUGUGGGGGUUUGUGAAACCUACAGUUAUAUGCUCUGCUCCUCCCUGCUCUUUAGAUUCGGUGUAGAGAAAGGGAAGGGAUUCCUCUGUAAGGUGUUUCAGAACACCUAAUUAUCUCAGAUGCACUUGCUCACUGUCAACCUAAGAGGACUGACAUUGUCUAAAGAAAGCUUUCAUGAAUCAUUCCUCAGGUCUUUACAUCUGUAAAGAUGACACCGUAAGAAAAAAGUCCUCUUUGAAGUAAUUCUUGUAAUGUUUUUUAAAAACUGUAACAAAAGCAUUUCUAGCUACAAAUUCCUAUUUUACCUUUAAAGUUUGUAUAAAAGUAGUGUCUAAAAUGCAGCAGAAAAUGAGACUAUUUUGUAAACACUUUGUGAGUUGUAUUGAUAAGAGAUUAUAUAUUGUAACAGUAAAAUAAACUUUAUUUUAACCUA